ACUCCAUAGCCACACUAAAAACCUAUCAUCUGAAUUCGGACAAAACAAAAUCCUGUUCUCUUCUGGUCUUCUUCUCCAUACCCGGGUGCCCUCUCCACCCUACGCCCACUGAACACUCAUUUAAUUUCCUCUGUAAUUCAUGCAAAGAUGGAAACUUUAUUGAUAAAAAAGAUUAAAGCUUUACUCAAACCAUUGAUGAUUAUAUCAUUGUUCACAUUUUGCAUUUCUUUCUCUUCUUCACUGAAUUCAGAUGGGGUCUCUCUGUUAGCACUCAAAGCAGCCAUUACAGAAGAUCCAAAACAAGCCCUUUCAAACUGGGUUGACUCAGAAUCAACCCCAUGCACAUGGGCUGGAAUCACUUGUGAUGACAUCCACCAUAAGGUUAGCUCCAUUGAUCUUUCCAGCAAGAACCUCACAGGCUAUAUUCCAUCAGAGAUUGGUGCACUUUCUUUCCUUACCUUUCUUGACCUAUCAGAGAACUUUCUUUAUGGGCCGUUGCCACACCGGAUUACUACCCUGAAAAACCUCACUCACCUUGACUUGUCUUCGAAUAAUCUCAAUGGUUCACUCCCUGAGGCCUUAAGUAAUUUAACCUACUUGACAGGGACUCUAAAUCUUUCAUUCAAUGAAUUUUCCGGUGAGAUUCCAGCGAGUUUUGGCAUGUUCCCGGCUAUGCUCAGCCUGGACCUCCGGCAGAAUAACCUCACCGGGAAAAUACCUGAGGUGGGUUCACUCUGGAACCAGGGACCCACUGCAUUUUCUGGGAAUCCACAUCUUUGUGGGUUUCCAUUAAACACUCAAUGUAAAAUACCAGAAGCUCAGAAUCCAAGAUUCUCCACAAACCCUCAAAAACCCGAGAAUCAGGGUGUUUCGUCGGAUGGAUUUGUGGAGAUCAAUAAGAAAAUAAAAAUCGGGCCAGUUACAUUUUCUGUGAUUGCUGGGGUUUUUGCUGUGGCUGGGCUGGGGUUUCUUUCAGUGUGGGUUAGGAGAAAAUGGGGGGCGGCGGCGGACGGCAUAACGGGCAAGGAAGAAAAUGUGGGUCAUGAAGUCAGGCCUGAGGAGGGGCAAAAGGGUAAGUUUGUUGUGAUGGAUGAAGGGUUUGGAUUGGAGUUAGAGGAUUUGUUGAGGGCUUCAGCUUAUGUUGUUGGCAAAAGUAGAAGUGGAAUAGUGUACAAAGUGGUGGUUGGCGGUAGCGGCGCGAAGGUGGUGGGUGAUCCAGUGGUGGUGUCAGUGCGGCGGUUGAGUGAGGGAGACAAUCCGAGGCGGUUCAAGGAGUUUGAGGCCGAGGUGGAGACUAUUGGUAGGGUCCACCACCCCAACAUUGUCAAGUUGAGGGCUUAUUACUAUGCCAAUGAUGAGAAAUUGUUGGUUUCUGAUUUUAUUCGCAAUGGAAGCUUGUACACUGCAUUGCAUGGUAAGAGUAAAAUUCUUGCUGUUAAUUUUAGUUUUCUGAUUGAUUUUUCUUGUUUUUGUUUAUAUGGUUGUUUUGUGUGUUUGGUUUAUUCUAUGUUCGAUAAUAAUAAUCCACAUUGAUGAUGUUGUGGCACGAUCAAGAUGCUAAUGC